CCUUUCUCUUCCAAUCCAGACAAAAGGAGAGGACGACAGAUCCGCGGAGGCGCGCACUGAGCAGAGCAAUUGAGCACCUUGGAAACGCAACGGGUUUGAUCCGACGCGCAAGAACGCACCGGCACGCCGACACGCACGCCCUCCAGAUCUACCUGAAACAUCUGAGCCGGUACAUUGUCCUGUUUGAAGGCAGAGGAAAGAGAAUCUAAACCCCGUUUCAAUCGCAGCCAGAACACCGUGUUCUCAUGAUGUCAUACCUGUGGAUUCUGCUAUUAGGAAGCCUGCUGGCUACAAGCGCCAAGGCACAAGAUGAUGCAGCUCCUGAAGCAGCCGCAGCUCCUGAACCAGAAGCAGCCACAGAUGCAGCUCCUGAAGCAGCCGCAGCUCCUGAACCAGAAGCAGCCGCAGCUCCUGAACCAGAAGCAGCCGCAGCUCCUGAACCAGAAGUAGCCACAGAGGCAGCUCCUGAUGCAGAUGCAGCUCCUGAAUCAGCUCCAGAAGCAGCCGCGGAGGAAACUGACAAAGCAGCCGACGAAACAGAAGCCAAGCCUGAGCCUGCUGCUGAACCUGAACCUGAAGCCGAUGAUACUGUGGUUCCUGAGGCUGGUGAAGCAGAACCAGCGUUCGCUGCUCCAGCCGACACAGAGACGGAAGCCGCUGCAGCAACACCAGCUCCAGCACCUGUAGCUGAUCCAGAGGUUGAGGCUCCAAAGGCUGAGGAACCAACAGAUAAAGAAGAGGAAGCUUCCCCAAGCGUUACUGAAGCACCCACUCAGGAGGAGAGUGGACCUGGGGCAGCAGCAGAGACUGAGGAGAAGCCAACAGACCCUGCUGCUGAAGCAACAAAACCAGCCGCAGAGGAACCAAAAGUGGAGGACCCAGAGAGUUUUGACCUGGAAGAUGCUCUGACAGGAAAUGCUGCAAAGGAAAACUCAGGAAAAAGCCGCAGUAUGGGAUCUGGAACACAUGAGGCAGGCGCCUUAGGAGACGCGGGAAAACCUGAAGCCCAAGAGGCCAGCUCCGGCUCUGUAGCAGGCAUCCUGAGUGCAAUCGGUGUGGCCAUAGUGGGAGCUGCUACUGGAUAUUACACAUACCAAAAGAAGAAACUGUGCUUCAAAAACAGACAAGAAGCUGACCCUGAAGCUGCCCGCAAAGCUGAUACUGAAGGGGCUCAGGCAGAUCCCCAAGUCCUUAGCAACCUGCUAAACUCCUCCUAAAGCAGCAAUGGUCAUGACAGCUUGGAUCAACAACCGGCAAGAAAGUGGCAAUCUCACUGUUAUGCUCUAUCUGUAGAGCUAAAUUACUGUGAGGCCCGAGUAGAGGUGUGUGUGUGUGUGUGUGUGUGUGUGUGUGUGUGUGUGUGUGUGUGUGUGUGUGUGUGUGUGUGUGUUGUGUGUGUGUGUGUGUGUGUGUGUGUGUGUGUGUGUGUGUG